GAUGUCUGAAGAUUGCUUAUACCUGAAUAUAUAUACGCCUGUUUCUACAGAGAAGCAGGAGAAGCUGCCGGUCUUUGUAUGGAUCCAUGGAGGUGGAUUAGUUUUUGGAGCAGCUUCAACCUAUGAUGGUUCAGCAUUAGCGGCCUUUGACAACGUGGUUGUUGUAACCAUUCAGUACAGACUGGGUAUUGUUGGAUACUUUAGCACAGGUGAUGAGCAUGCUCGCGGUAACUGGGGGUAUUUGGAUCAAGUGGCAGCUCUUCAGUGGAUUCAGGAAAACAUCAUUCAUUUUGGAGGAGACCCAGGAUCUGUCACCAUCUGUGGAGAAUCUGCAGGAGGAAUCAGUGUUUCUGCUCUGAUUUUAUCUCCGCUGGCAAAGGGCUUGUUCCAUAAGGCCAUUUCCGAGAGUGGAACUGCAAUCAGGACUUUAUUCACUGAAAAGCCUCAGGAGGAAGCACAAAGAAUUGCGGCUGCAGCUGCCUGUGAAACAUCCAGUUCAGCUGCUCUGGUUGAGUGCUUAAGGGAAAAAACAGAGGAAGAGAUAGAACAGAUAACUCUAAAAAUGCCUACUCUGUUCAUCAGCGGGUCUGUGGAUGGUGUAUUUUUUCCAAAGAGUCCCAGUCAAUUACUGUCUGAAAAAGCAAUCAAUGCAGUCCCGUAUAUAAUAGGAGUAAAUAACUGUGAAUUUGGAUGGGGAAUUCCUACAAUGAUGAAAUUUCCUGAUUUUACAGAUGGUCUGGACAAAGAAGUUGCAUAUCAAGUGUUACAGAAUUACAUAGCAUUAUCAUUCGAGGUAAGAGACCGUUUCCAGAGUAACCCAGUGCUACUUCUUCACUGGGAUAAUUCCAUAUUCAUGUUUCUGAAGCUUCACGUGGAGACGAGAAAGGACACCUUGGAAUCCUUAAAAUAGCAGCAAGAGACCUGCAUGUAGGCAUCAGAGGUUUUGCUUCCCUGUGAUUUACAAAGCUCUCAGCUUUCUGCUUGCUUUGUGCUCUCCUGCCACUACUAAACAUAAAAAAUUGCCGAUUAAUAGGUAAGGAUUAAGAACUUGAUAAACAUAGCCAGUACUUGUAAAGGGUCGUUUAGAGCCAUAGGUAUCUAUCGUAUCUUGGAAUGGCAAAGCCCAGGAUUGUUCUGAAAGGGAGUAAGUUAUGGCCGUCUGCAGCAAGA